AUGAGUCGCUUGAGUCACCACUAUCUUUUGAUUAUCCGUUGCCUGUUCAAGUAUGUUUCGAUCGUUUUGGCUGAUUGCGACCAAGCCUACCCACGAACACUGAGCGAGACGAGCCAAAUUUCGAGUUUGGCCACAUCGUGCGCAACUUACACUGGUGACAUCGUCAUCUCCAAAGUCACGGCUACAAUCGACUUGACAGGGGUGCAGACAAUCAUCGGCUCAAUCAGCUAUGAGUAUGACGAUAGCUUUGAAAAUGAGCCUAUAACGUUCCUCAGCUCGAGCCUCGAGAAUGUUACCGAAGGUCUGACCUUGUCGGGUUUGGCUGAAGCAAAGAAGGAUCGUCGCGGCCGUCUAGAUGUCUCACUACCAGCUCUAAAAAUAACUGAUUCGUUAGAAAUCUCUGGGGGAUGGGGUGAAGUGUCAGUCGAAACUGACCCUCGACUCAACGUGUCCGGCUACUUCGGACUUAACGGCAUGACAUUUAGCAACGACCACGGGAUCUAUGCUACGAGUCUUUAUGUUAAUAUCUCGUUAGCCUCAACUUUGUACCUGACCGGACUUAAUUUUCUGCCUCCUGAUGACUCUAGGCUAGCAUUCUCACCAUUCAAGGAGAGAAAGGACUCUUUUAUCUCCACGUCAAUCCAGAGGCUAAGGCGACUAAGUAUAACCCACAACCCGGGGCUAACGCAUGUACUCCUGGACAGCUUGGAGACGGCCACAGCCACUAUUGAGAUUUAUUCCAACUCCGACCUGAAUCAUAUAUCCUCAUCUGUUAUCGAAGCUCACGAAGUAUUCUUCGAACAAAACGGGAGAGAUACUCAUCUUUCAUUCCCCAACAUCAAGCAAAUUAACGGCGAAGCCACCUUCCAAGAUCUUGCUAACGCAAGUCUGCCCGAAUUAAAUGCGGCUUACCAUUCCAACCAAGGUAGCUUCAACUUCACUGGCAACAGUUUUCCGGAGCUACAUCUUCCUCGCCUAGAAACAAUUAACUGCACAUUUGUUAUUGUGAACAACAACAUACUCAAUAAUAUCGCACUCCCUCGUCUGAACGAGGUGAAGAACCUCGAAAUACACAAUAACCCUCGCCUACUCAACGUAACGGUCAAUGCGCUCCGCAAAGCCAACAGUAUAAAUAUCACGGGUCCCUUAACCAAUGUCGAGCUCUUCAGUCUCGAGUUAGUUACAGGGGGCUUUUAUCUGGCUGGAGAUGAGACAAUGGACUGCUCCUGGUUCGAUGAUCGUUUCCCCAAUCAAAUCGUCAAGAGCUCAUACAGAUGCAUUGGUAACCAUACUAAGCCUGCUAUAGAGCGGACACCAAGCACACCAAUGAGCGAUACCGAGGAAAGCCCAUCUGGCAGCAGCAACAGCAAUGACAACGGGGGCGGGAAAGGGGGCCUUUCAAUGGGGGCAAAGGCCGGUAUUGGUGUGAGUGCUGGAGUAGUAGGUUUCCUGGUUCUCGGUUUCGGUGCCUGGUUCCUAAUCCGCAGGAGAGAAGCAGGUAGAAUAGUGCAGAAUGCAGACCCUGGGUACUGUAAAGCUGAGUUAGAUGGAAAUACUGGAUUGUCUGCGCGCGGUGCAGUAAGGGUUGACCAAGCUGCAGUCUCUGAGCUACAUAGCACUAGUAGACAUGAGUUAGCAGACACUUCCAGACCAGCAGAGAUGGGAAACUAG